AUGGUGACGGUGAAUCUGGGAAUGCUGCACUAUGUAAUAGACCACGUUUAUGGUGCACUCAUGCACAGAACAAAGAUGAGCACACCUUUUUUCUCAAGAGGGUGGGGGUGCUCAAAGCUUGAACUUUUAGUGAAUCUGGUUAAUUUUGUGGAUCUCUCAAAAGUAUUUGUGGAGAUUCUUAGUCUUAGUUUACUUGUUUGCAAUGUGGCGAAACAGUCAUUGGUUUGCACAGGGGACCACGCAUUUGAGCGGAGAUUGCGUCUUGGCGCACCAUUGUUGAAGGAAAACAUUACGACCAUGGUGCUUGAGAGCCCAUUCUAUGGUAAACGGCGGCCUAUGCUCCAACAAGGCGCGGAACUUUUGUGUUUUAGUGACUUGCUAUUAUUAGGAAGAGCUACAAUUGAAGAGACACGGAGUCUUUUGCAUUGGUUAGACUCAGAGGCAGGGUUUAGCAAGAUGGGUAUCUCUGGACUUAGCAUGGGAGGAAGGCAUGCUGCAAUGGUUGGAUCACUGCACCCCACACCUGUUGCAACCCUUCCAUUUCUCUCCCCGCACUCUGCUGUUGUGGCAUUCUGUGAGGGAAUAUUAAAGCAUGGUACUGCAUGGGAGGCAUUGAGGGAGGAUCUUGCAGCUCAAAAGGCUGAAAUCACACUUGAGGAGGUCAGAGAACGGAUGAGAAAUGUAUUAUCUCUCACAGAUGUUACACCCUUUCUAGUCCCCAAAAAUCCCAAUGCCGUGAUUUUUGUUGCUGCAACUGAUGAUGGUUACCUACCUAAACACUCAGUGCUGGAGCUUCAGAAAGCAUGGCCAGGUUCAGACGUGAGAUGGGUUACCAGAGGCCAUGUCUCAUCCUUCCUUUUCUACAGUAGUGAAUUUCGCAAAGCGAUUGUGGAUGGGCUUGAUAGAUUAGAGUGGAAAGAGUCUCCUUAAUGACUGGCACCUCAUGUAAAGAAGAGGCUUUCGAUUUUAUUUGGCUUUCAAGCGGGGCGCCACACAAACACUUGUUAUGAAAGUAGGAGGAAUAAUCGAAGCUCUGCAACUUCCCUCCAAAAGGAAUCUGCCCACACAACCUGUUAUAACUAACAUUAAAGGACUGUAAAUCC